AUGGUUUUCGGAGGUAUCCGGAAGGUUCUUGGCCAGUUCAGCUUUGCAAGUGGCUGGACCCUGCAGGCGAAGGCAGCGCUAAGGGUCAUCGAGGACCGGGUGAGAGAACAAGAACUCGAUGACCUGUCUCAAGUGCGCGUCCCCGCAGCAAAGGUACAGGAUGGACAGAGACUUGUGGGGAUCGAUGCUUGCGUGACAGCUUGCAUGGGCUUGAUCAAUAAGUACAUCAACCAAAGCGAUGGGAAUGUCACUAACCGCGUACCGCCCACCUGCGCGGCAAGAUGUGCGCGAGGUGGGAAGACCACCUUCCUGCAAAAGCUUGGCGAGAAACUGGCCGGCGGGACGCAGUACUUCCCCAUCUUUGUGUCCUUCAACGGGGAAAGCCCCGUCAAACGGCGGGACUACGAGCUAGCAGACGAGUGGCUGUACAGGACUAUUGCGUAUGCGCUGCUCCCGGCCGGCACGCUUCGUCACAAUGUAGCAGCGAAAUUCGGAAGGGUGACGUGCGAGGAGUCGACUUUGGAAAACUACUUCAAGUCCCAGAAGAACGUUGUUUUGCUCGUCGAUGAGCUCAACCACCUGUUGCUGAAGAGCCCCGCCGAAGAGGAGAAGAAAGCAGAGCAGCGAGCCGCCCGCUUCAUGAAAGAUGUCUUCCUUGCCGCUGAAGGUGCCUAUAUGGUCUUCACCUCCCACAUUCAGUCCACGGGGCUAGACCUGACCCAGUACAUGGAGGGCGACUCCGUUAGGGGGCUGGAAAUCACAGGCUUGCCAUUUGCGGCUCAGCUCGGAGAGCUGCAGAACAUGUCGACAGAACUCUCUGGCUUGACGCACAUGAAAGCUGCCUACUACUCAAGAGUCCCAGCACUCCUGUGGUCCUCCCACGAUGAUGGGUCUCUGCUCUCACAAAAGUUGUCACAAAUCCAGCAACACCCGAAAGAGCACCUUGCGGCCUUCUUGUCCGAGGUUUUCGAAGGCACCCCUGUGAAAGAGAUGGAGGCUUUCAGGCAACUCACAGAUGGCAGCCAAAAAGACAGAGUAUUAUGGAUCCCAUGCUUCAUGUCGCACUUCCUCGUCCAAUGUAAAAUUGCCUGGCCUGCCUGUGGUGUUCUUGGACGGUGGCUGCAAGGCAUGCAAGCUGCAGAGGAGAAGGAUGGAAAGGCGUGGGAGAAGAUCAUCGCGGUUGCCUUCGGCUUGCGCUACAUUUGGCGGCAGAUGGGCGGCGACGAGCACGGAUGGCUGCAUGGGCAUGAAGGGGCAGCAAUCGAGUGUUUGGAUGCCAACCCAGCGGCGAAGACUGUCGAGGCCGCAAUUCAGCAGCUGCCACAACCAUUGCAGUACCCAACCCUGCAGCUGGUUCUCCCGAGCCACGCACAGUUCGAGGCAGUAGACUUGUUCGCUGUGAGGAGAGAGGCAGACAGUACUGACUUAGUCAUGGUGGCGCAGCAGAAGGAAGGUGGCGCCAGUGUAAGCAACCACCCAUGUACACAGACUGCGAAUGCUUACUGGAUGAGAGGAUCGUCGACGCAAAACGCAAAGACGAAACAUGGAUGGUUCCUGCCCUCGCAAAGCGAGAUUGACACGUUCUUGGGACCCUCCUUGGCAGCUGCAGCACCAGCCACCUGGCGGGAUCCGGUAGACUAG